AUGUCCGCGAAAUCAUCUGAGAGCAACUUCUCAUCUGUCAUUCAAAUAAAUACGAUAGAUGAUUAUAUUGCUCCCACACAGGCAUGUAUUAAACCGGUAAAGAUCGAUAAAUCGAUAGGAAAGACCAAGUCUGUUAAAGUUGAAGAAGACGACGUUACUUGGGCUCGUGAUAUAUGUCUCUAUGAAGCUGGAUUAGAAUUUUUAGAGCACUUCGCAAAAAAUAUUGAUAAGUGCGCAGACCAUUUGCCUUUGUUUUCAAGUAUUUGUCCAGGUUGGAUAUGUUAUGCUGAAAAGAAUUCCCUUACUUCAACCAGCUCUCCAAGUUCUGGGUACAGUGAAUUCUCAAUUAUCCCCCAUGUAUCCAAUGUUCGUUCUCCACAGCAAAUCGCAGGCAGGAUAAUCAAACUUGUAGGUGAAGAAAACUGUUUGCAUGUCAGUAUUAUGCCUUGUUUCGAUAAGAAGUUGGAAGCCUCUAGAGAGGAGUUUUCAGUACCUGCAAAAAGUAUUUCUGACCACUGUGUCCCAGAUGUUGAUUUGGUUCUGGCUACCAAUGAACUACUUUGUUUUCUUGAAUCAUUAAUCCACGAAUCUGGUAACAUCGUCUCUUUCUCUUUUGCUGAGCAGGCAUUCGAACUUGGAGAAAAUCAGCUGUUGGUAUUAGAAAGAUUAUAUGACCUAUUUUAUAUGAAAAUGUCGAAGGAAAAAGCCAGCGUUAGAUUUGAUCACUUUCCUUUUUUAGUCGACGAAAUGCUACCUAUGUAUAGACAUAGUGGAAGUGGUUCUGGAGGGUACGCAGCAUGUAUUUUUAAAAUGGCAGCAGAAAGACUAUUUUCAAUAAAAUUAAAACUUGAUAUAUUAGAAGACGAACGUGUGUUAACCCGUCAGCUACAAAAUCGAGAUAUUCAGGAAAUAAUCUUGUUCAAUUCGAAAGAAGACCGUAGUUUGGCGCAAUCUCUACUCUCAUCUCUUUCAAAUCGAACCCCUUAUCGUCAUCUUGAAAUUGAACAGAAAGCACUGCUAGUGUUUGCGAUAGCCAACGGGUUUCGCAAUAUCCAAACAAUCGUUCAAUAUCUGCGGAAAACGUAUCAAUCUAAAAAAUGCAAUAACCUAGAUCAAAUGAGGUCCAGACAAAUAAGAGCUUACUAUCCGUUUGAUUAUGUAGAGGUGAUGGCAUGUCCAAGAGGUUGUCUUAAUGGUGGUGGACAAGUGAAAGAAAUUAUAACACAAACAAGCGAACUGUAUACAAGUCUUCCAGUUUCUGAACCAAUGUCAAAUGAUUUGGUAAAAAACUUAUAUGCAUUUAUCAAAUCAAAAGAUUCUAACCUUAAAUGUUUAUACACUACCUACAAAACUGUUCCCAAGAUUGAAAUAAUCAAUCCUAGUGCAUUAAAGUGGUGAAUCAAAGGUUAACCAUUCUGUCGUAAAUUAAUUUUUGCAAAAAGAAUCUUUGAAGGGGACUUUAAUAUUUCUUGCCUUUUAUGAGACGUUUAUGUCGUAAAUAAUAACUUGAUUUACUAUCGACUUUUCAGUUUUUUAAAGCUGUUUUAGUUUUUCAAAAAUAUCCUGGUAAUUGGAUUAGUGUACAUCAAUUCCAUAGUUUAAAAAAGUGUACGGUUUACGCUCAAUUAGCAAGAGUAC